GGAGGAGGAGGAGCAGCAGCGGCGGCCCGACGCCCCGCCGCCUCAGCGCUCCAGCCUGACCCGCCACUGAACCAGCGCGGCGCCCCGGGCCCACCUCAGCCCCAGGCCCCAAGCCCCGCCGCCAGCCCCACACAGCGGCUCCCCCGCCGGCGCCCCUUUCGCCCCGGGGGGGGGGCAGAACAGCGAGAGAGGCGGUGUGGGGAGGCGUGGCAGCCCAGGCCCCCUUCUCCUCCUCCGCCUCCUCCCCCCCCCCAGUGUCGCCGAAAGGGGUGGGGAGUCUGGGUCAGGUGAUUGUCAAUGGGCCGUCCAAGAUGGCGCCCGGUUUGUGGAGCCUGAGGAGGAGGAAGAGGAGGGUUGUUUUCUUUACCUGUGACUUGGAGCUGAGGGAGGAGGCGGUUCGGAGUUGAUUUUUUUUUUAUUUUUGGGGUCAAAUCCUCCCACGCCUUCGUUUUAUCCCUGAGAGACUUUCGCCUGAAGGGUAGACUUGAGGAGGAGGAGGCGGUUUUUGUGUUGUUUUUUUAAUUCCCCGAUGUGCGCCUUUUUCCGAGGAGGGGCUACCCGGGCUGUGCCUGCUGCGCUCCCGACGAGAGAGCCGUCUAUCCUUCCCCAGCCAUGGCUCUGAGGGAGCUCAAAGUUUGCCUGCUGGGGGUAAGUAACAGGGGAGGGAAGUUGGGGCUGGAGAGGUGGCGAGUGUCUCCCUUAACACACACACACACACACAAAUCCCCAUAGAAAGAGGGUUUGGAAAUUUGGCCUUUUCUUCUUUCCAUCAGCUACCACUUUCCACAAAGGGGCUUUCAAAUGCGGGUUUCCUACACGCCUGAACAUAUAUGGUUACCAGGGGGUUGGGGUGGUGUCGGGGGAGAUGGGGGUCUACCAUCCCAUUCCUGUCUACUCGGAAGUAAGUCCAAAUGUGAUACAACGAGGUUCACCACCACCUUGGGAUUGUGGCCUUGAAUUGGUUGGAACUCGGUUGCAGCUAUUCCUGUUUUGCUGCGAUACCGCUUUUGUAGUUUCUGAGCCAGGUAUAAGCCCCACGUCCUUCAAUAGGACUUACUUCAAAGUAGAUGUACACAUUUUGUGUGUGUGUGUGUGUUGUUUUUCCUGCCAACGAGAAGUAUUUUGCUCGUAGUUAUGAAAACUGUUGCCCCUUUAUCCUUCUCGCUGGAUGGUCUCCGCCGCCUACCCCUUGUUAAAAAUCAAGAAACUUCUUGGGUUUGUUUGUUUUUUGCACAACUUGAGUUUCAAAACAUAGGGACAGGAAUCCAAUAAGCAAACAGAAGAAGCCUCUAUUGACAUCUUCUAAGGAUAAACAACAUCCUUUACUGUAAAACAGAGAGGAAGUAUUUAACCCUAUAGAUAGAUGCUUACCUGAGAGAAAGUUCCAUCCGACUAACUCCAGUUUAUUUCUGAGUAGGUGUGCAAAGGAUUGCUCUAUAAAAUACUUUCUCUCUAAGUAGGAGAAAGGAUAGAAACCAAAGUUUCAGAGACUUCUCUCUUUUCGCAAUACUUUUUUGCAGCAUUGAAUCAAAUGUGGGGUGUGUUUUUCCCUUCUUCCUGACUUUUUUUUUUUUUUUGCAGAAAUAGGCUUUGUUCUAUAUAAGAUGGAGAAAAGAGGCUUGAUGAGAUAACAUUGACAUCUGCUAUUUUUUCCCCUUCAGUCCAUUCUGUGGUUGGUAGUAUAUGUCAAACUAGUGUUAAAAUUUAAGAAUGUUGGAAAAGGUACAUUCUUCAUAUAUUUUCUGACAGUAGUAUUCACAAGCUCCAGAAUCUUUGGCUACUAAGUAGCUUGAAUUACUAAGUAGCUUGAAUGUUUAGACUUGUUAUUGGAUUUUUAUGGCACAGGCUGUCCACAAGACUUAAACCACUUCCUCUCAAAAUUUGCCAUUUGUCACAAUGAAACCGUAUAAGCAUACUCUUAAGAUCCAUACAUGGCUGUGAUGCUUUAAACUAUGGAGUUUUGCCUAGUUGAUUGCUUUGUCCUUAUUUAUACAGUACUGAAGAAGAAACAGAUCAAACUAUCUAGUCUGUUCAUAGCUGCUUAGUAUUCUUCCAGGUGUGUUACUGGAACUACGUAUAGCCUUUCAUUAAACAGGGUGGGGCUGUAUGAGUAAGAAUCAUUGCAGAAACUCUCCAACUAGUUUAGCACCUUUGAGUUUAAGUUGUUUGCUAUACACAUCAUAGAAUAGAGAAUGAGAGCUUCUCUUAAACAUGCAAAUGUUUCCGCAGUGAUGCACAUUCACUGAAAGCAUGGAAGCAUCAUGGCAUUAUCUAAUACCGGCUUUUUAAUAUGAUAAUAGAAUCAGAAUUGUAGAGUUGGAAGGGACCCAAGGGUCAUCUAGUCCAACCCCCUGCAAUGCAGGAAUCUCAGCUAAAGCAUACAUGACAGAUGGCCAUACAACCUCUGCUUUAAAACCUCCAAGGAAGGAGAGUCCACAACCUCUGGUGAGAGACCGUUCCACUGUCAAAGAGGUCUUACUGUCAGAAAGUUUUUCCAUAUAUUCAGUUGAACAUCCAUGAGUAUUGCAUCCAUGUACAAAAUGCUGUCCAGUCUUGGAUAGAAAAACCCAGCACUGCCAUUGGUUGGACUGGAGUAGGCAAUGAGCACCUGGUUAUAUAUUUACAGCUCAAUACUUGUCACUUAGAAGAAAGUCAGUGGAACUUACUUUGAAGUAGCUCACAGUGUAUUGUGUUAAACUUAGGUGCACAAUAGUAAACCUAAAAUUAUGAGGACCAGUUUUCAAUAGGUAUAGAGUUCUUUAUCUCACAAGCAAUUUUUCAGUUCAGUCCUAAUCCUUGGAUCUGUGCUGCUGAAGGGGCUUAGGGUAAGGCAGUGCAGAGUACUGGAACUGAGGUCUCUAUAGGAAGCUACCACUAGCAUUCAGAAAGCCCCCCCAAAAAGGCAAGCACAAAAAUUUGAAAAUGCAUAAAUAUUUUUUUAAAAAACAAGGCAAGUGCACAGCUGCUUUGGAUCCAUAGGAUUCAAAGCCUGAUGGAUGCCACAAGGGGCCUGAUUCUCAGCUGCACCAGCCUAGAGUUCAGUUACCAAAAAAAUAAAGGCAAAAUACCUUCCACCUGGACUGGUGCAAGCUGUAGGGUUGCAGAUGUGGUUGUACAUCUGCUAUUCUGCUUUGCUGCAGGCUGGGGUUGACUGAGUUUGCUUUUUUAGGAAGCUUAGGCGUGUUCUUUGUUCAUAGUUAAGAUACAUUUUCCCCUUCUACCCUUCUCCACUAGUAGAAAAGUUUUUGUAAAACAACUGAAAUUUUUCCAUGCUCUGUUUAUCUGUAUCAUAGGUUGAAAAGCUACUGUUCAGUCAAGUAAAAAAGGGGGGGAUUUUAUUAAGCAAAGUUAACAUAGGUAAAUUCAAGAGGACUAACUUUUCGUUACAACAGACAGAAAAACAGUUGUAUGACACUGAAACAGAUUUAUAUCAAAGUUCGCCAUUUCUGUUCUGAAGCCCUUGUCCACAACUUGUCUUAUCAGUGGGCCACAUGAGAAAAGGAGGGAUAACUUUCUGUCUCUUCACACUACUUUAAAACUAGCCUGGGGAGGCCAGUCAGCACAUUUCAAUUGGCUUGAUUUGGACCAGGGAUUGCCAUUUGCUGAUUCAUAGACUAUCUCAGACUGAUGCAGCUAGAAAUCAAAUGUGGGGAGUUCAGCAAUAUUUGAAGCUUUGUUUUAUUCUCUGGCUAUAAAUAAUAAUUUAUCUUAUGGUUAAUUUUGUUUUUCACAUUACCUCCCUCAUAUAGACAGUUAAUUGGAGAAGGAUCGCCUUAUAUUUCAAUGUGUUGUUGGACUUAGUUGCUUGAGUUGCAUAGCUUUUACCCAAACUACACUAUCGGGCAGGGAAGUUGUUCACUCCUUUCUGUUUGUGGUACAUUUAUAUUAUAGGGAGUGGUUGUGGAACCAUUCAGGCACAUUACAAUUGUAUGAGAAGUUGGAAGGAAAUGUUCUGCCCUGUUCAUUCUAGUAAAACUAAGUGUUAUAAUACCCCAUAGUUCAGGAGAGGAAAAUAACUUCUAGCUACUACCCUAAAAUGUGAGAUUGAGUUCUUGAUUAUUCCCUAUACAUGUUUUAAUCGUAACAGCUUAGUUUAGUUUUAAACAUAUCUUUUUGCUUGUUGUAAUACUUUUUAUUUUAUUUUUCACAAUAUCAACAUUGAGGAGAAAGGAAACUACCAUUUCAUCAAAAUUUAGGGUUGUACUGCAAUUGCUUCAAAAAUCACUUAAGUUCUACUGUCAAUGCCUAAAUGGUCUUUGAAUUGUCUGUCUGGUUUUACUUUCAGGACACUGGUGUGGGCAAGUCAAGCAUUGUAUGGCGCUUUGUAGAAGACAGCUUUGAUCCCAACAUCAAUCCAACAAUUGGGUGAGACAGUGAACGAAACUAACAACUUAGGGAGAUAAAGCACUAAACAUAGAAUCAUAGAAUGUAGAGUUGGAAGGGACAUCUAGUCCAACCCCCUGCAACGCCGGAAUCUUUUGCCCAAUGUAGGGCUCAAACCCACAACCCUGAGAUUAAUAGUCUUGUGCUCUACCAACUGGGCUAUCCUAUCCCAGCUCAGUUCAAUGUAGGAACUUUGUGCAUAGAAACGUCUCAUGUAGGAGUAUAAAGUUUGAUGCAAAUGCUAAAAUCCAAGUAAACUGUGUGUUCCAUGGCAGAUAAGUAGGAAAGUAGAAGUCAGUAAUCUGGGACCAGUAUUGAUCUAAUGCUGAACCCUUUUUCACCACAGUUAAGAGAUGGAGACCAGUACUAUUCCUACAUGACUUACAGAUGUGCCUGAAACCAUGAGGAAAAUUUAGCGGCAGCCCAGUUGGGAGAAGAUUAAGCAUUUGUUUAAGCCACUUUACCUUUUAUUAAAAGAGUAUCGUCCACAAUUAAUUGUAUAGAUAUUUUUCAGUAGAAUCAGCAGCUCUUUUCUUUUUCUUAGAACAACCCUGUGAGGUUUUUAGUUUGCAGCUGGGAAACGGGGGUGGGGGGUGGCAUCUGGCAAUUCCAUUUCCACAAAGGCAGUUGGAUCCACAUCCAUUUCUAAAGCUAUCUACUUUGCCUUGUUGGCUAGCAGCCAUUAAUACUGAGAUGCUGUCUGAGUAAAUGUGUCACAGUUUUCAUAGAUAUGCAGAACCUGAAUCAUGUAGAAUUACAACUUUUAGUUUCAUUCCCUUUUUUUUUAAAUGGCCAGUGUAUCAAGUAAAAGAUUAAUUUUCAAAGUGGCUUCUAAAUAGUAAACAAUCCUGAGCAGAUCAAGAAUGGCGUUCACAGCAGUUUGUAUUUUCCUCCAUCUGAUAGCAUCAAUGAAUUCAAAAAGCUCCGCUUUUUAUUUGAGACUCUGUCGGUUUAUGACUCCCACAAGACUCCUUUCAUUUCACAUAUCACUCUUUUAGAUCAGUGUAAGUAGAUUUGUGAUGUAGAAAAGUUGGUCUCUCUAAACAUGAAACCGACUGUUUGUACAGCUUAGGCUAUUGUUCUUGACUCAUGUAGGAUGACUGCCCACCUUGAUCUUGCAAAUAAACUAUUUUACAUUUCAUAAAAUGAACAUUUUGUCUUAGUAGACAAAAGGUGUAGAGGGGCUUUUACAGUUUCACUGCACAAUGUGUAGUGCCUGAAUUGGGGGGGGGGGGGGGUUUAAGAAGACCAUUAAGGAAAUCCUCAAGCUUCAAUCCCUGACUCUUCCCUCCAAUUUUAGCCAAAUCAUGUCUCAAUAGCCUUCUAAAAACAGUAACACAUAAUGUCUGAAGACUAGAGUCCUACCCUACCGCAGUGACCAUCCUUGUAGAUUUAUCACCAACAGUGAGGUUACGUUUUAAGCAUGCAGCUGUUCACUUUCUUGUACAGUUUGUGACCUCUUCUUGUUGAAACCAAAUUGAUUUUGUUUGUCUCAACGAUCCAAAAGAGAGUAAUCUAGCUUAUCUUCUUACACUAGCCCUUCUAAGGUGCAAUUGGAUUGUUGUUGCCUGCAGCAUUUUCCUGUCUAAAUAAAUGCUUUUUUAUCAGUAGAUAGAGAAAAGAUAAAAUGUACAAACUAUUCCUUCCAUGUCUAAAAUAAUGGAUCUAUAUAGCCAGCAUGUGAGGGUUGUACCUAUCUGGAUUCUGUACAAUGGAAUUAAUAUGAUCCUUAAUAUUUAUGAAUGGGGAAGGUUAUAAGGUGGUGGUUUUUCUCAUACGUUCAUGUAUUAAAUAUUUUUCAGAGCAUCUUUUAUGACAAAGACAGUGCAGUAUCAGAAUGAGUUGCAUAAAUUCCUAAUAUGGGAUACAGCCGGGCAAGAACGAGUAAGUAGAUAACCCAUUACUUUUUAUUUGCUAAAAGUUGUGAUGAAACAUUAUAAAGCCUUUAUUAAUGUGCCAUGGAUGGCCAUAAUACAUGUUCCUCUGAUUACCCAAACAAGAAGUUGUAUAUUGAGAUAAAGCCUGGAGUCAUACAUUGUACAGUCUAGAUUUAAAUUUGUCUCCUUCUUAUGAAAUUUUAAAUAUAUGAUUCAUUCCAAGGAUUAAAAGAUUUUGUUUAUAAUUCAGCAUGGGUGGUUUCUCAGAUCAAGAAAGUGACAUGAUAGAUUGUUUGAGAUGCAUGCAUAGUGUAAUGUACAGGAAAAGGUGAUAGGCAGCAAUUAUGCCUUUAAUACAUAGUUAAUGAUCUGUGUUCCUGUGGUGGAAUGAUCCUACAUUAAACUAAUUUGGAAGCCACUUUUCUGACUUGUGUAACUAUAUAUUUUUUUAAAAAUUCUGUGACUCUGACAAGAGCUUGAAAGUAAUGUAGGGUAUAUAUUUUUGCAUACAAUGGGAUCUCGAACAUUCUGCAUUUCAAGCUUUGUCAUUUGACACAUUAUUGGUAGAGCUUUCAUUUUCAUGGAAGUGUUAAAAAUCAAGGGCAGUUGUUGGGGGAAAGCAUAAGCCUCUCACAAACCAUUUUGUUGGUCUGGAAGGUAGAGAUGGGACAUUAUUUCCACCACCCACCACAUCCAGCUGAAGAUCUGCAAUACCCCACUCCUUAAGCUGUCCUGCUGCCAUAAGGCGUUCUGUCUUGCUAGUACGUGCCGCCUCUUAAAUCCCCCCCCCCCAGCCUCUGACACUCCAUACCCAGUCAGCUGUUAGCUUUCUUAGGAACAUAGGAAGCUGCCUUAUACUGAGUCAGACUAUUGGUUUUCGAGCAUCUCAGAAUCCGAACAAUUCAGAAUCCAAACGUCGAUAACGCAGAAGUAAUUGUUUCCAUUUUCGAACGCGCCUCUGAAUUCAAAUGGCUUCCGAGGUGUUUUCAGUUUUUCCCAUUGACUUUGCAGCCAGCUCACUGAUCCUCAGUUUUUGAACAUUUCGGAAGUCAAAAAGUGAAACAGUCUUCCGGAAUGGAUUACGUUCGAAAACCAAGGUUCCACUGUACCUGAAACAAAAUGUGUACUUGCUUCAGAUAUUGGGUGACUUCCUUUGAAUGGCUUUUCUUUCUUUUUUUCCAGCUUUUGAGGAAUCAAACAUUUGGCCAAUAGCUGCUUGGCAGAGGAUUUUCAUUUAAUACUGAAACUCUUCAGUUUUGUUUUUAUUCUCUUUAAGCAGGACAAGAACACAAGCUUUGUACCCUUUAUUUUAUAUCAAACCAGCUACAUGUCAACUGUUAACUAAUUGUCUCAGAUUGUGCAGUACUUUCAAGAGAGGAAAAAGCAGGAUCCUCUUUUCUAUUUUUACUCUUGGAGUAAAACUUGCAACUUUUGCAAUGGAAAUAACAUGAUCCUUUGUCAGUGCUCUGACUCAGCACUGCAGUCUUCUCCCUUUACCCUACAGCAUGGUAUAACAAAGAAGAAAACGUUAUAGGGCUUAUUGGGAUGGUGACAGGCCACAGCCUUUGCCUACCACUCCAGCUGGUGAUCAAAGCCUUGGCCAGAAUGAAUCUAAUUCCAAGAGAGAAAUCAGAGAACAAGGAAACAAUUGCCUCACAAUUAAUCCACAUUAAUAUCCAGUUCUCUGUUUCCUGAAAGGCCAUACUUGGUACUGACUUCACAUUAAAACCACCUCUAUGAAGUGCAUCUUUAGUUGCUUUGCUGCAGAUUUUGAGUUUAUUCUUUUAUCGGCUUUCCUGUGCAUUUCUUACUAGUCUGUUAUGGAUGAAGCCUUGCCUUCACUGAGCUUCUAAUUAUUUUUCAAAAUAAUUGCCAGCUUCAUUUUCUACCCAGUGUAAUCCCUUUCGAACAAGAGUAUUCUCUCUUUCUCUAAGUAAAAGGUGCAACUCAAAAUUGCUUAUCUGUAUGCCUUUUUGUCUUUCUGUGUGGUCUUCUGCCAUGCUCUAAAACACCUUUGCCUAGUUCCAGGACUCCUCCCCUCAAAAUAGUUUAGCUACUGGGAUGUGAAACAGUUGCUUGCUGUUGUUGUAAGCAGCUUUGUGUUUCCGUCGACUACUUUUAUUAGUCGCCAUGCUUGCAGUAAGUCUGAAACAUGAAUAUAGUUACGAAAUCUUUUCUCUUUCUUCCUGUUAAUUGAGCAUCAACUUAAAUAAUGCAUUCUAGAGUUUGUUCACCUAGAGUUUAGAUUUACCAGAACACAAAGGGAAGUGCAAAUUAAUAUCUUCCAUGUUCCAGUUAAUGUGAUAUGCAGUUUCCCUAACUGUACUAGCGAAAUGCCCAUUAUUGUGAUGGACAGUAUGUGUGUGGAGGGGAGGGCUUACAUUAGGAACGAAGAGCAGACUUUUACUGCAUCUCUGUCGCCACAUUCAGCACUCUGUUUUUAACCCUUGGAGUGGGUGGCUUAUGAAAGCUCAUGCUGAAAUAUGCAGUAUGUUUGAUGAUGAAUGUUAUACUGAGGACCAGGGACAGGCAUUUGGAUCUAUACCUGGCUAUAAGAGUGCUAUCCUGUGUCCAACUAGGAUGAGUCACUGAGCCCUGACGCAAUAUCUUGUACUCCUAUUUUAUGCUGUCCCUCUAUAGGUGCUCUGCGCACUUGCUGAGUCAGAAUACAUAUGGCUUACCAAACAGCAUGGACGCUUGUUAUGUGAGCUUUCAUAACUAGGAAAACUUAGGUUUGCUUCAUGAGUUUCACGAAGAACACCUUUACUUGCAAAUGCCAGUGCUGUCGUAAACUAUUUUUUAAGGUUUCAAAAUGGUGUUUGAAGUUCACACAUCACAUAUGCACAGUGUCUGUGUACACUGUUAAAGGCUUACAAAUAGUAAGAAAGCAACUGUUCAUACAACUCUAGUGAAGAUACCAGUUGCUUCAUGGCUCUACUCCUUUAUUGAGAGCAGUUUCACAGAUUGAUUAAAAAAAAAACCACAGCUCUAUGCACUCCAUGUCAUGGCUCAUGCUGCAGAGAUGGCAUUUUAAUACUCAGGAUGGAGUAUACAAAAAUAUGGCAGUGGGGGAGUGUAAGCAUGGCUCAAAGGUGUGCUCUUGGAUAUGUCCAAGUUCAAAUUCCAAACAAGAAAUUAUGGUAAGGACAUUUGCAAAAUGACAAAUGAGAGCUUGAAAAAUAAUCACAUGAUUUGAAACAUGGAUGAGGAAAGCUUCUUUGUUUAAAUGGUAUCCAGCCUUUGUUCCUGGGCUCUUAACCUUAAAGUAAAUGGUUUUGCUUACUACCAUUGUAUAGUUUAACUUCACUCUCGCAGAUUGUAUAAAGUAUUCAUGUUUUGCUUUCUAAGGCAUCGUUGGAUAUGACACAAGGCAGAGAUCUACUCCUUGCCACCCCUCUCUCUACGCACCUUCCUCAGUAUACGAAUGCUGGCUGAGGUGUCUGUUAUGGCUCAGAGUUAUGUGGCAUAGCAAGUAGAGCACAGUGGGGCAAUUUCAUUGCCCCAAAGGCCCACACAUGGCUGUGGCACUGGUGGUGGACAGGACCCUUCUAUUUCUUGCUCUCUCUCUCUCACCCACACACACAUAUACUUCCUACCUUACCCAAUUUGCCGGGUGGCUGAAAAAUCACCAACCUCAUGCUGCUAAGCAAUUUUUUGCUGCCACGUGCAGGCUGUGGGUUGACCACCUGUUGUGUUCCACUAGGGCUAGAGAGAUCUGAGUUUGAAUAACCACUUGGCUUUGAAUCCUGCUGAAUCACCAUGAGCCCGUCACUUUCUCUCUCUGCCUACCCUGGGCUGUGAAGAUACAAUAGGAGGGGGAGUCAUGCACACUAUACAUGCACACUAUACAUUGACGGAAGGGUAAAAUAAAAAUGUGACAAUAAGUACGAUUCAUUCAUUAUGAGGCAUUCAUGUCCUUUGUCCCGGACCUAAGUUAUUUUUUACCGUAUGACCUUUAAUAUGACCCAGAAGCCUUUUUUACAUAUUUCUUCUCUUUGCAGUUCCGUGCUCUAGCACCGAUGUACUACCGAGGUUCUGCAGCAGCUAUUAUAGUUUAUGACAUCACAAAAGAGGUAACCAAUUUUUUUUUUGCAAAAAAAGUUAUCUAUUGGCAAUAGUUAAGGUAAAGGGACCCCUGACCAUUAGGUCCAACCCCGACUCUAGGGUUGCGGUCGCUUUAUUGGCCAAGGGAGCCGGCGUACAGCUUCCAGGUCAUGUGGCCAGCAUGACUAAGCCGCUUCUGGCGAACCAGAGCAGCGCACGGAAACGCCGUUUACCUUCCUGCCGGAGCGGUACCUAUUUAUCUACUUGCACUUUGACGUGCUUUCGAACUGCUAGGUUGGCAGGAGCAGGGAGUGAGCAACGGAAGCUCACCCCGUCGCGGGGAUUCGAACUGCCAACCUUCUGAUCGGCAAGUCCUAGGCUCUGUGGUUUAACCCACAGCGCCACCCGUGUCCCUAUUGGCAAUAGUUACAUGCUUGCUAAUUCCAUCACUUUAAUCAUAGGAAACAUUUUCAACAUUAAAGAACUGGGUGAAAGAACUUCGACAGCAUGGACCUCCCAAUAUUGUUGUUGCUAUUGCUGGAAAUAAAUGUGAUCUUAACGAUGUAAGGUAAAUUAACCCUCAUCUUUUCUCGCCGCCAGCUAUUGCGGUCAUUCUUUGUAGUUAGAAAUUUUCAGAAAUAUUUUGAGACUCUUGGGUUUUAUAAAUUGAUGACUAUUGAACCAGGUACAUUCUCAAGAUUACAGUGGUGCCCCGCAAGACGAAUGCCUCGCAAGACGGAAAAACCGCUAGACGAAAGGGUUUUCCGUUUUGGAGUUGCUUCGCAGGACGAAUUCCCCUAUGGGCUUGCUUCGCAAGACGAAAAUGUCUUGCGAGUCUUGAGAUUUUUUUUUCGCUUCCCCCCCCCUUUAUCUAAUCUGCUAAGCCUUUAAUAGCCUUUAAUAGCCUUUUAGCAGCUAAUCCCCUAAGCCUUUAAGCCUUUAAUAGCCGCUAAACCGCUAAUAGCGCUAAUCCGUUAAGCCGCUAAUAGGGUUGCUUCGCAAGACGAAAAAACCGCUAGACGAAGACUCUCGUGGAACGGAUUAAUUUCGUCUUGCGAGGCACCACUGUAUUAAAGUCUAGUAGGGAAGGAAACUGGCUCACAACAUGAAUUUUGCGCUUGCCGCCUGUGGCUCCGAGAUGGAAGUCCUGGAGGGGGUGCUGUGUGGGCUGCAUCUAGAAUGAACAAGCUAGGGUUGCAGGAGUCAUGCACCAUAUUAAGAUUAAGAUCUUAAGAUCUCUUGGGAAAGGGAGGCUACAGAACAAAGCUGCCUGAGACAAUAGCUCUGGACUGAUUUAACUGGGUAAGGGAAGACAGACAAGUUGCUGAUGGAAUAGGGUUGCCUUUGAAUAUCUACAACAAUGUAAAGCUUAUGUUAGAGAACUUGGCUGUGAGCCCCAGUGCAAUCGUGGGUGGUUGCAAUGUCUCUAACCAUUCUGUCUUCUCUCUAAAUUAACCCCUCCAAUGGUUUGGUAAUGUUGGAAACAAAGUUUAUGCUCCAGGUGUGAAAUUUGAGGGGAAAGUGUUAAUGGAGGCUGUGUCUCAACACUGUGCUCACACCUGGACUUAAGUUAUAUUGGAAUCUCACUUAUUUCAUAAAUUAAUACUCGGCUUCAUUGUAAGGGGGAGGAGACCUCAAAGUGAUUUACAAAAAUAGAGAACAAUAAAUUCAAGAAGAUUACAAUACUUAAAAACAUGCAAAAAGUUAAAAUACUAAAAUCUUUGGUUUUAUCAGCAUGUUUCCCAAGUACAUAAUCUUAAGCAUGGUUUAGAUUAGUUGUUAACGUAGAUUUUAAUGCUGCAUUGAAUUGCACCUACUUUUUCUUUUCUAAAAAUUGGUAUGGCUUGUUUAUACUAUUCUCUCUCUUCUCCUUAGGGAAGUCAUGGAAAAAGAUGCUAAAGACUAUGCAGAUUCCAUCCACGCAAUAUUUGUAGAGACCAGUGCAAAAAAUGCAAUAAACAUAAAUGAACUGUUCAUAGAAAUUAGUAAGUAUCAAAACAUUGGGAUUUCUCUAGCCAAUCUCCAAUUAAUGACAACAAAAAGAAAUCUGACAGUUAUUUUGGCUUGAAGUUCUGUUUCUGCCAGUUGUACAUGAUGUCACGUAUGUCACCAUUUGAUAGGGACUGAAAGUGCAAUAUGAUCUGCUUUGGGUCAUUCAAGUCAGAGCUUCUGUAUGCUUGUGUGUUAACCCUCUACAUCCUUCUGUUGUGCUUGAUGGAUCAAUAGCAAGAAGUACACUGAUACCAAGAAAAAAUUGUUCAUUUGAAAUCAGCAAGGGGAGAAAGGCCUGGAAAUUCAUAGAGAAAUACUUUGUUAACAGUUAAUCCCAUGUGCAGUUUUUCAUACAAUCCUGCAAGAUACAGUUCAGGUUAGAUUCCACAUUGUCAUGGACAGAGAAUACUGUAAGUGAAGGCUUAAUUUAGUUAUUGUGGUUAAUAUAUUUGGAUAGACCACUUGUGGUAAUAAAUUCAACAAGACAAUUUUGCAUUUAAUGUGCUGCCACUCAGUCAUGCCACAUUUAAAUCCUCUGUAUGCAAGGUGAUUUUUUUUUCUUCCAAGCAAAAAGUAUGCUAUGUAACCAUUCAGUGAAUGUGUAGCUUAAAAGAUGAAUUUCAAACAGCUGAAAUAAAAACUGCAGAGUUAUCUAUUGAUUAUCUUUACUUAGCUCAGAAAAUGUACAAACUUAGUUUGGCAUCCAGUGCUAUUCAACCACUGGCACAAUGGAAAUCUCCUUGAGCAAUAGAACAUCUGGUUUCUCUUCUCCCCUCCAUUCAGUGAUUCUGAUUACAGUGACUAGAUGCUUAUCCUAAGCCAAAAAAGCACAAUUUUUCUACCAGUAUAAACUGUAUAUUUCUUAAGAAACAAAUUUCAGAACUGCUUGCAAAUGGUUUUCACUAAUAACUUUUUAGCAUUGUCACCAACCAAAUUUCUUUCAAGUGGUUAUAGCCUGUCAGUCUUCUAGUUAGUGAUGAGUUGUGCCUACUCAUAAGGCUAAACUACAGGGAACUCUGGGGAAUGUGGAAAGGUGUUUCAGAGUCUCUCUUAUAACACAGUGCUUUUUCUCUCUCUGUAGGUCGUAGAAUUCCAUCAACAGAUACCAACCCCCCAUCUAGCGGUAAGGGCUUCAAACUUAGAAGACAGCCUUCAGUGACAAAACGCAGCUGUUGUUGACUGAUACGAUCAUAUACCAGACUAGCUUUUAUAAAGUAUUUGGCCUUGGAAGUUAUGGGUUUAUUUUGGGUAUAUCGUACUCGUAUUGGAUUCCUAUCUACCUGGUGUUCAUAGACCCUGAAAUGGGCCAGUUCUGGCGUGCUUUUACGGACUGAGGAGACCGCAGUCAUCCUGCUGUUGGACUGCUUCCUUGCAUACAACGUCUGGAUUAUCUCUUGUACUCAAAGGGAAUUCAUCUUCAAUUUCUUCUUUAGCCUCAUGAGAAAGGAACUCCAAAAUACAGAUUGUAAGACUUAAUAUUUCAUAGUUUUUAUAAACAAAACUUUGCUAUGUCUUUUCGUGAGGGAGGGAAGGGAAACUAGCACUUUGUGGGAGUGGGCAAGCCCUGUGGAUAGAAAUGUUAGCUCUGAUCUUAAUGCAGUUCUACACUCCUCGUCAUUGUUGCUAUAAUAAGCCUUACUGUUUUCAUGGUUGCUUCUCCAAAGUACAGAAUGAGCAGCUGAUUUAAUAGACAGCUGCAAAAAUAAUGAAGCUGAUAAAAAGACCAAAUCAACCCAUCCAGUCACCAACCUUAAUUGCACUUUUAUUAUUUACUGAUGAUAUUGAAGAUGUGUUCAGAAAGGGGAGGGGCGGGGGGAGCUUAGACAAUCUUGCCAUUUUAUGCUUAAUUACUAUAGAAGAAAAUAGAUAGAAACCUUUUUUUAGUAGGCUUCUCAUUAAAAAUCCUAGAUGAAAUUGACCAAAAUGAACUUGAGUACAACUGGCAGGCAUCAGUUGCUGUCAGUCGUUUUAGAACAAGCAUGUUGAAUAGGGAGCACUCCCAACUGCUUAGCAUGAGCAAGUUUUUAUACUCUCUUAUUUAUGAGACCAAUGCCUAAAGUAUUAUAAAUUAUGUUAGUGCCAUGGAUGACCUCUUUUCCUUUCAGUCCCUCACCUGCAGUUGGGGGGGGGGGGCAGUCCACAGGUCAGAAUUGCUGUGGACUCCAGCCUGUACACAGACGGCCUUGCCUUAUCAGGCAUCCUCGUGUUACUAGUACGGUACUGGAAAACACUCUUCUCGCUGUCCAGUAGAGGUUGCUGUGCGUAUAGUUUGAGGUUUGCUUACAGAACAAAUCACUUCUGCAUGAUAAAAACAGGGAUCCAAAGCCAAGUUGUGUAGGGCAGUGUAGAUCGUUGCCUCCUUGCUCUUGGGCCUAUCCUGAAGAUUUAACUCUUUUUAAACCUUGUUUUUAAGCAGAUUAUCUUUUGGCUUUGUAUUGUGUUUCCAUUUUAUAUUAAACUAUAAAUUAAUCUUGCCCUAUUAUACUAUUUCUCAUUAUUUAUUUUUGUUGCAGCCUGCCAGUGCAAAGGUGUGUGUGUUCUCCCCCUUGAGAAUAUAACCACUUUAAUAAACUCACAAUGUGUAAAAUAGGCCAUAAGGCUUUGAUUUUUGAUGCUCCUAGAGGCAUCUAUGGUGGCUUGUUCCCAAACUCUAGCUUGGCAUUUUACCAUCUUAAGUGUUUUCAGCUGAGAAGGAAAUUUCAAAGGAUACAUAGGAAAUGAAACAGCUUGCACUUCAAAAUACUAGACCAUAUUAUUCAGACCAAUUCGUAACACAACUGAACGACUAUAGUUAACUUGUGUGAGUGGAAUUAUUCUUUCCAAAUAAGCAAGCUAACUUUAAGGUUUAGAGUGUAAGUGAAACUUCUCUCUAGCGUUCAAAGUUCUAAGGUUAUAUUGCAUUGUGUAAACAUCACUGCACAGUGCUAGCAAGUACUAAUUUGCAUGUUAAAGGUCUUGUUUGCAACAAAUCCAGCUUGAAGCAUGGCAUUUAUUCCAAAUGAAAUGUGCAUAUAUGUUAACACUGAAACUUGCAGCACGCUCCAUACCUCAACUAGCUUGCAGCGUCUGUCUUCUCUUUGUUUUAAUUUCAAGAAUCAGCUGACUCUGCUUUGUAAUCUGGUGUGAAGAGUUCUGAGCUGGCAGAAGGCAUCUAGGGUUGGGCAAAUAUAGCUUGGAGCAGAUUGAUAUCACAAGUUGAUUCAAGGUGUCUUACUGGCACUGUACCCUUGAUUAUUCAAGGGUCUGGCAAAGGUAAUGCUGCCAGCCAAUUCAGUAGCACAAACUAGACUGAAUGGAAGUGUGUCAAGGAUGUAAUGGUAACUUUUCUACAUGGGAUUUUCAAGGCAGUUUAGCUAGUGUAGUCCAGUGAAGUGAGAACCUUAUGGCUCCAUUUCAGGGGCCUCAGAGUUCCCUCUUCUGAUAGCAUCUUACAGCAUCUUACACUGUAAGAAUUUCAAACUACCUUUGAAAUUCUGAUACCUCAUUCAGUACAGUGCAAUGAGCUUCUGUUGGGAAGGGGAGAAUGAGAAUCUCUGGUACAGGCAUGCAGGUCCUUGUUAGUACUUAAUAGUCCCCAGUUAGCGUGCUUAAUUUUUUUUAUAACAGGUUAUGAAAUUACAGUUCAUUAGCAGGUUGCCUCCGUAGCUACUUUAGGACAAACCAUUCCAUCCCAGUGUGGUAGCGCAUAAAUCUAGGAUAAGUGUGCCAGUGCCGAGUUGUAAAAAUGCUGGUCUAGACUGGUGGCUGUUAAAGCUUUAUAUUUUUGUUCAUAUGGCCUUUUUCCAAUUGGAGUGGGGGUUCCUUUGCUGUGCUGAAGUACUUUUCUGUGCUUGACUUCUUAGUCAAAGUAAGUUUUGUGCAAAGAAAGAAAAGCAGUAGGCUGUAGCGCCCCCCCCCAUAUUACAGUCAUAGCAGCCUAAUUUAUCUCUGCACAGUGAUAGCAUCUUGUCACUGCCCUCCAGUGUGGCUUUCACAGUUCACUGGUGUCAUUGUGAUGCCAAAUAGCUCCCUUCUUUCAAUUAUGCAUAACUAGUUUUUUUGUUUCACCUACUGUGCAAAGAAGAAUAUCUUUACAUACAUCCAGUAGCAUCUUUUUAAAGUUGUUACUAUAUCCUUGUCUUCUGUUACCACAUGGUUAUGCAAUGUGACACUUCAACUCACAAGCUGUUGGUCUUGGCAGUGUUUCAAAGCAUCUCCCUAUCCAAGUUAUCAGGUACGUUGCCAGUGUGUUAACCUGCCUUAGAGUUCACUGGACUUGUUUAAUCAAAUAUUUGCAUUAAAAUCAUUUAAAUAUUAAUCCUAAUAGAUUUCCGAGCAAAAGGGCUUGCCUGCAAUGCAUCACUGCUGUCUUCUUAUCUCAAAUUGUGCGAAUUAAUAGAUAUUUGAGCUUCAGCAUCUGCUCCAUAAACAUCUGGGGGUCUUUUUUAGCCUCUCGGCUAUUGUGCUUAAAUCUGUCUCUGGUUUAAAACAGUUCAAAUUAUACCACUUCAUUUAGCUAUUGGAAUGAAAUAUGUGGCAUCAAAAAUCUUGCAUUAAUUCUGUGUCAUAGUAGUUUCCCUCUGCGGGAUGUGUGGGUUAUCUUUGUGUCGUCCUUGUGUGCCUUAUGGUCUCUCAUUCAUUGCACGCCACAGCAUACCUGUAUUGUGAAAGAACUUGCAAGAGCUUAAACAAAAAAGGCAUCUGGUACUGGAAGGGUGACAUUCUUGGACUUAACACCCAUCCCAUAGGACAAUCCAUUACCCCAGCAGGAUUUGACACCUGGCCAAAGUGAAAAAUAAGAUGUAAAUUAGAUGUGGGAGAUUGGGAAUGUGAGCAUGCAGAUCAGUGUGAAACCAAAAGUUACACAGCUGGUUUUAUUCUACUAAACACUGAGCUGAAGACAACUAUUUGGAAAGAGGUCAGGAAUUUGUGUUCUGUCCAAGACUAAUAUGGUGAGCUUCAAAAAUACUCCUACAGAGUGAAGACCAUUUUAACAGAGCAGUCUUAUGUAUGUAUGCCUUCUCAAGAGCAAGCCCCAUUGAGUUCAAUGGGACUUAUAUAAGUGUUGCAGGACUGCAGCCUUAAGUGUGCAUGCAAAGCCUCUGGGGUUUCUGCAAGUGAACAGAGUAAUGGUCCCUAGCAGUAGGCAGAAUAUUUCCACCUUCGUGCAAAAUGACCCUUUAGAUUAGAAAUUGCAGCAAAAGUGGAACUUGUAAAUGCAUCUUGGGCGCUUAUUGCUUAAUAGAAUAUCUAAAACAUUCCAGGCACUGUACUUGAAAAAGCUAUGUUGCCUAACAUGGGUUGAAAAAUGAGAACGGAGGGGAGAAGGGAAAUACUGAGCUUGUUGCAAAUUAUAGUCCAAAUGCUAAUAUCAUCAUCAUUAUUUUGCUGGAAUUUUUUGUUUGUUUGGUGGGAGAGUUUUUAAGCACAACCCCGGGGACUUAUGGAAGGAUGCCUCUUAAGUCAUGUGAGUCAUCUGUCUGUUGUGAUUCAGAUUAGUGAUUGGUCUUUAAGGUGUUUAUGCAUUCCGUCCCAACUGCUGGGUUAAUUCAGUUUUUUUUAAAAAAACACCCACAUAGAUUCUUGUGUUGCUGUUGUUGUUUUUAAUCCUUAUCCACAGGGUUGAUCCAACUUUGUGCAGAGCUAACAGACACAUAAGGGACGCAGGCGGCGCUGUGGUCUAAACCACUGAGCCUAGGGCUUGCCGAUCAGAAGGUCGGCAGUUCGAAUCCUUGUGACAGGGUGAGCUUCUGUUGCUCUGUCCCAGCUCCUGCCAACCUAGCAGUUCAAAAGCAUGUCAUAGUGCAAGUAGAUAAAUAGGUACCGCUCCAGCAGGACGGUAAACGCCAUUUCUGUGCACUGCUCUGGUUCACCAGAAGCAGCUUAGUCAUGCUGGCCACAUGACCCGGAAGCUGUCUGCGGACAAACGCUGGCUCCCUCGACCUAUAGAGCGAGAUGAGCGCCACAACCCCAGAGUCGUCCGCAAUUGGACCUAACGGUCAGAGGUACCUUUACCUUUAACAGCCACAUGCAUGAUCAAGGAGCUAUUCUAUUAGUCCUUUGACAAAUCCAAAGCUAUGUACUUAAAGAUACCAUUUUCUCCCUUGCAGCUGUAGUGGCAACACAAGAUACAUAAAGAGCUGCCUUAGACUGAGUCAAACUUUUAGCCUAUCUUAGCCCAGUGUUAGCUAUUCUAAUACUCAAAGCCUUGAGUAGAACUUUCUUAGCCCAUGAGUCAGGGGUUAAACCUGAGGCUUUCUGAAGUACUCCACUAUUAAUGUAUGGUCUUUUUUCCUAUAAAAUGUUGGCCCCAGCUGGUCCCAGGGAGAGCAUAAGGUUUGAACCUGUAAACACAAACCAAGCACAACUACUAGAUGUAAGCCACCGUCAAAGAAAAGGGUGUAAGUAUAAAAUAAGAAUAUGUCUUUGCCUAACAUGGCUGCUAUGUCAUUUCUGUAAUUCCCAUGGUACCACUGUUUUAUCAGCAUUAAGGUAAUGUAGUUGUGGGAAGGACAGAGAUGCUGGAAUAGCACACACAUGAUAGUAGAAGCUUAAUUCCUUUAUAUAGGUAGAGAGACCAAAUGUUUUGCAUUCAUAAGCCAGUUCCAAUCAGGCUUCUUGACCUCUUUAAUAUGAUGGUGUUUGAAAAGUGCAUGUCUCAGAUGCUUUGAAAGCUGUCUUCCAAAGGCUUUUCAUGAUGAUGAUUCAUUUUAUUAUGUUAAAUGUGAUAUUGACCAGGUCCAAAGGCAGAGGAGGGGAGCUUGGCCAUUACCCAUCCUCAAGGCAUGGGUGGGCUUUAAGGGCCAGUGCAAACAUGCCCUACCACAGCUUGGAAUAAAGCUUCAUAGAUAUUGCAAUGGUGAAAACUGGCAUUGUCAAUAGGUAAGGGGUUGUUUUUUUUGAUGGUGUUCCUCCUGUGUAUUAAGGAGAGGUGUCUUAUUUUUAGCAUCUUAGAUCAGCAAGUCUUCCUCUAGAUGAACUUGGGGGAAAUUGCUGAUUUACAGCAGGCAUGCUGCCAUAUGAACUGCACAACCUGCCACUCCCUUGUCUGUAGUUUCACUUUAUAAAUAGCAGCAAACCGGGCUAAACAAAAUUUAGGAAAUAUCCCAGCAAAUAAUAUGUCAACUGGCUGGCUUUUGUGCGGUCACUU